CACAUCGCGCCACAUCAUCUUAUCUGCUCACUAUUUCAGCUCAGUAAUCACAACAUUUGAGCUACCAAAACAAUGGAGACACAAGGAUAUGAUCGACACAGUGACUUGAAAGCUUUUGAUGAUACAAAAGCUGGUGUAAAGGGACUUGUAGACUCCGGUGUCACCAAAAUCCCUCGAAUAUUUGUACAUAAUCAAGCUCAAAUAAGUCAAAUUCCAUCUUCAAGGCACAGCAAAUCUGGUUUUCCAAGCAUAGACCUUAAGGAUAUCGAUAUCGAUGAGAGUUCACGUGGCAGAGUUGUUAAAGAAGUUAGAGAUGCUUGUGAGAACUGGGGAUUUUUUCGAGUUGUGAAUCAUGGUGUGCCAGAGAGUGUCCUGGAUGAAAUGAUCGAUGGAGUUUGUAAGUUUCAUGAGCAAGAUACUGAGCUGAAGAAGCUGUUUUAUUCGCGUGAUUUUACAAAAAAGUUUCUGUAUAAUAGCAAUUUUGAUCUUUAUAAAGCACCUGCAGCUAACUGGAGGGAUACUAUCUUCUGUAACAUGGCUCCGGAGCCUCCUCAGCUGGAGGAAAUGCCUGAAGUGUGCAGAGACAUCAUGUUUGAUUACUCAGAGUACAUAAUGAAAAUGGGGAUUACACUGUUGGAACUAUUCUCAGAAGCUCUUGGACUUAAUAGGAAUCACUUGAAAGACAUGGCUUGUGCUGAAGGCCUUUUCCUAGUUGGUCACUACUACCCUGCAUGCCCUGAACCAGAACUAACUCUAGCCACCAGCAAUCACUCUGAUAGCGGGUUUUUUACCAUACUCUUACAAGACAACAUAGGCGGCCUCCAAGUUAUUCAUGACAAUGAGUGGAUCGAUAUCCCUCAUGUCCCCGGAUCUUUAAUAGUAAACAUUGCAGACCUUUUACAGCUCAUUACCAAUGACAAAUUCAAGAGUGUGAACCACAGAGUAUUAGCACAAAAGAUUGGCCCUAGAAUAUCAGUGGCAAGUUUCUUUAGAACACAUUUUUGGGAGAAAACAGCAUCAAGGUCAUACAGCCCGAUCAAGGAGUUGCUAUCUGAAACAAACCCGCCGUGCUACAGAGAAAUUACAAUCAAAGAGUUCGUCACACACUAUUACAACAAAGGUCUCGAUGGAACCUCUGCACUAUCAGCUUUCAAGUUGCUUAACUAGGCUAUCGAUAUGGAUCAAGGGGAACUCAUUAUGUGCUCGUAUUCAUAAGGGCUUAAUGGCUUCCUCCAUUACUGCAGAUCAGGCUCUAAAGAUUCAAAUAGAUUGUUUGGUAGUCAAAUUAUUGGAGUUGAUUAGUAAAGGGGAUGUUCAAUAUGUAUAUGGAUUACUCUGUUUCUCUGGA